CAUGUAGUUGAGGGCCACAUAUAACGACAGAACAAUAAACUGCCGUCACGCUAUAGGCUACUCUAUUGUAAUAUAUGCACCAUCCCACUGACAGGAUCACCCAUACCACGGGCUUUCUCACACUAGUUGUGGAGCGCUAGCUGGAACAAGAAAUAACCCAAAGUCGACAUUACGCAAAUGCAGGACUAGUUACAUCAGACGAGUGCUUUACCACCAGGCUACAUCAUACCGGAAAUGAAUGCUUGUAUUUACUACAAAAACCGGGUUUACGUCGGAUGUAAACAUCCAGUGCUCAAUUUCUCAUUUUGCAAGACGAUAUCAUGAAUGGUGCGCAGAGACACAGGAUGGGAAAUACUACACUCACAACGAUUUUGUCGUCUGUUGUCUUACUGGCCAGUGUAACGAUAGCUGCAGACAAUGGCAACAGUCCACCUGGAUUCCACUUGACGAUGUUGUCGCGGGCGUGCGACCACUUCGCAAUCAAAGUCUACAAACUCCUGGCGGGAAAUGACGACAACGUCCUGUUUUCUCCACUGAGCGUCUUGUCCGCUCUGUCUAUGACGUAUAUGGGUGGCAACCAGAAAACGGCCAGCCAAUUAAAACACGCGUUACAAAUGAAGCUUAUGCAUCGCAAUGAAAUACUGCAAAGCUUCAAACAACUUGAGCGGGAAAUUCAAAGCGACAAGAACGUUAACGUUUCACAGGAAAACGGCAUCUUUGCCAGUAAAGAAUUCCCGUUUGAACAAAAAACUAUGAAAGAAAUUACAGAAAGUUUUGGUGCGCGUAUCAGAAACUUGGAUUUUCGGAACGGGCAAGGUGCAGAAUGGGAGAUAAACAACUUUGUGAAGAACCUGACCAGAGGUCGCAUACCCGAACUUCUUCCGCCGAAUUCCGUGACGUCAUCAAACGCUCUGUAUCUCGUGAACGCUUUGUAUUUUAAAGCCUCGUGGCUUCACACGUUUUCGUUGACAGCCACACGUAUCAUGGACUUUUACGUCACUCCUACGACUACGAAAAAGACAGAGAUGAUGAACCAAAACGGUGAAUUCCGCUGUGUAACGGUUCUGAAUUUGAAGUCCACGAUACUGGAGUUACCUUUUCUUGGCGAUAGGUUCGCAUUAUACAUUUUACUUCCGGAUGCGAUGGACGGCCUGACAGAACUGAAAAAGCGACUGACGUACCAACGUCUAGAAAGUCUUUUCCGCAGACUUCAACACCCAUAUCCAGUAGACGUGACACUACCGAGGUUCAGUUUGACGAGAACCAUGGACAUGAAGUCUGUGUUGCGGAGACUCGGGCUGAAGGAUAUGUUCAGCAAACGGAGAGCGGAUUUCUCGAGGCUCGACAAAACUCGCUCUCUGUUCGUCGAUAAACUACAGCAGCAGGCUGUCCUCACGAUAGACGAACUGGGUGCAGAGGGCGCUGCGGCCACGGCGGUCGGCUUUAUGUCAAGGUCACGACCUGAGAUCUUCACCGCCGACCACCCGUUCAUUUUUAUCCUGCGCGACACACGAGUCGGCGUCUCACUGUUCAUGGGACAGUACAUGCGACCGGAACCAGUUCUCGACCGGUCAGACAGGUUGCGACGCCAGACAUACUCGGAAGAAUCGGCGGCGAAGGACAAAACCUCGUUUAACUGAGCUCCAGCUCAAAAAUCUAUUGUCUGCGGCAGCCGGCAACUUUUCUCUGAACUUGUACAAAGCAUUAUCACCCGACUACAGCAACUUCGUCUUUUCUCCUAUCGGCGUCCAGAUGGCGCUCUCUAUGGCGUAUC